UCCACGGAUAAAUCCUCCCGUGUGUAUGGGGCCUAAGAGAUGCUUGGAAUGACAUAAAGGAAACCACAAUGAAAAGGGCCUGGAAAAAAUUAUGCCCACAGUUAGUUGAUGAUUCAGAAGGCUGUGACGAUCAUGUAGCUACUGCUACUGAAAAUAUUGUAGAUAUGGCAAGGCAGUUAGAGCUGGAAGUGGAGCCAGAAGAUGUUGCUGAACUGCUUGCGUCCCACACGGAGUCCCUCAGCAAUGAAGAUCUUCUAGAACUUGAAGAGGAGAGAGAAGAAGAUGUGCAGGAUGGGGUUGAGAUCAUUGAUCAGCCUGAAGGUUUAACUUCAAAAAUUCUCUUUGAAGCUUUCCGUCAUCUUGAUAGCGCCAUGGCUCUAUUUGAAAAGCAUGAUAGGGAUUUUGAAAGACGUUCCAAAGUCAAUGCUAACAUCUCAGGGGCUUAUGCCUGUUACAAAGAAAUCUACAGGGAGAAAAAGAGAGCUACACGUCAAACCUCCAUAGAAACAUAUUUUUCUAAAAGUCCAUCAGCACGCAGAUCAUCAUCAACUGACAGUCUGUUUCCAGCUCUGACAUCACCACCGUGUCCUGCUCCUAUUGCUACUUGUAGUACACCCAAUUCUCCAGCAAGAAAGCGCCUCGUUUUUGAAGACUUGACUUGUGAAACAGAAGAUACCUGCAUACCUGACAGUCCAUUUCCAGCUCUGACAUCACCAUCAAGUCCUGCUCCUACUCUGAUUUCUUCUUGUAGUACACCCAUUUCGCCAGCAAGAAAGCGUCUCGCCUUUGAAGAUUUGACUAGUGAAACAGAAGAUACCUGUAUGCCUUCACCCUUCCUACCACAAUGAAUUAUCUCAGCUGCUCUGGCCUUGCAACAACAAUGAGAUGGGGUAAGCUUACAAUUUUUAUUUGAAUAUUGUGUUUAUUUUAGUUAUCAAUGC